UGCGAGAUUGCGCGAGAAAUCGCGAGAUCCGGUCUUUUCCUCGUGUCCACCAUAAUGAAAGCUCGUGGAGAUUUGAAGGAGUACCAGGUGGUCGGGCGGAUGAUGCCCCGCCCCAGGGACAGGGUCCCCGCCCUGUACCAAAUGAAGAUCUUUGCCCCGGACAAGUGUACAGCUAAGUCCAGGUUCUGGUACUUCGUGUCACAACUGAAGAAGAUGAAGAAGACCCAGGGCGAAAUUCUCCAGUGUAAAGAGAUGUACGAGAAGCACCCCCUGGUGAUCAAGAAUGUUGGCAUCUGGUUGAGAUACGUGUCCCGUAGUGGAAUCCACAACAUGUACCGUGAAUACCGUGACCUGACAUCCGCUGGUGCUGUUACACAGUGCUACCGUGACAUGGGAGCCCGUCACAGAGCAAGAGCAUCAACGAUCCAGAUCAUCCGUGUGGAAGAAGUGGCAGCCUCAAAGACUCGCCGACCAAACAUUAAGCAGUUCCACAACAGCAAGAUUCGCUUCCCCCUGACUCACAGACUGAACAGGAAGCUACACAAGCCCAGGUUCACCACAUCGCGACCACACUUAACGUUCUAAAGCGGGACUGUAGGGGAACUGUGCUGUACAUACAAAUAAAAAAAAUAACACA